AUGAAUUAUUUCGCUUGCCCUCUUCACAAUGGACAUUUUCUAUCACUUGUCUGCACCGAAAAAUCUUGUGCCAACCCAUUAAUUUGCCCUCUUUGUGAACAUGCUGAUCAUCAAUCUCAUAACACCUUGCCCAUCAAACUUAUGCUCUAGCAAGUAGACGAGGCUGCCAACAACAACUCCGAUGCCACUCAAUAGAGCGUGAUGGAUGCUUCCAUUUUCUUGGAUAAAUCCUAUAAUGAAUGUGUUCGAAUAGUGAAUCGAUUCAAUGAAUAAAUGCAAAACAUUACAAAGCAGUUGUCGAAGAGAGUGGAAACCUAUUAUCUUGAUCUAAAAAAUCAACUACGGAAUUUUUCACUUUCCAAGACUCCUAUUCAUUUCCUGCUUGAUUCUCUCAACAUCCCUUCGGAAUUGCCAGAAUACAAAAAGAAUAUCUAAUAAAUUUUAGAGUAAUAUUCCUUUGGAAAUGGCAUCGCCACAAGACAAAGUAUAAAUUCAGCAAUUAUGGUUGCUUGUAAGUCGCAGAUUACUCAGCUCAAUGAUUAAUUGCAAGACAUUUAAAUCGAUAUCGAUACUAAAGUCGGAAUUCUGAGCAACAUUUUCAGAGCUCAACCUGUUACUGCUACAGAAGUGGUGCAAUCGCUUGCUUUUCAAUUCUCAUAAAAAUUCAAAGGAGCUAAUAUUGGUUUGAGUGGCCAAAACAUGAUUGCUGAACAAAAGACUUCCGAAUCCAAUGGAUAACGAUUCAUCAUUUGUGAACCCUGUGUACCCAAAAAUGGGGUUUACAAAUUUGGAUUCAAGAUCAUCAAAUAUGCAGGAUGGAUUGGAGUGGGGGUUUGUCACAGAGACAUCAUUGCGAGUGCUAAUUACAAAUUCAACUACACUAAUAUAGGUCAUGGAUCGUACUUGAUAUCCAACAAUGCCUACUCUUGGUCUCACUUGCAGAAAGACUUGAAUUCAGCACACAAGUCCUUCGAUUUUGGAGUAGGGGACAUUAUUGUUAUUGAGGUUGACAUCCCCAAGAAGAAAAUUACUUGGUGGAAGAAGAAGACUGAAUUGAAGUUUUCUAUGAACUUGGAUACCAACCUAGAUUUGUAUCCGUGUGCCAACCUGUGCAGUCCAGGGGAUACGGUUGAAAUUGUCAAUAAGGUUGAGUCUUGA